AUGGAGAAACCCGCAGAAACAAGAGACACAGCGGACACAGCAGCUGCUGCUGUCGUCGCAAAACAUGCCAAGGACGAAGCGUCACCAUCACCGACCUCGACGCCGGCAAAGAAGCCUCGCAUCGGGUCGUCUCCUCGCGCCGGGUCUUCUCCUGCUGAGGUAGCAGCUUCACCGGGCUCGGCGGCCUUUGUCGCAGAUUUAGUUCCCGAUGAGAUCGAAGCAGACGAUGCGGCUAGCGAUGCCGGCUACGAGAGCGAUUCAGCGUCGCGAGCCUCAACAUCAAUCUGCAGCACUGUGCGCGACUACGAAUUCGAGAAUAACAGGCGCUAUCACCGGUUUCAAGAAGGGCGAUACCAGUUCCCCAACGAUGAGCCAGAGCAGGAGAGAGAGGACAUGAAGCACGCCAUGAUUGUGCAUCUUUGUCAGGGGAAGCUUCACUAUGCGCCGCUGGAGAGUCCGCAGAAGAUUCUGGAUGUUGGGACGGGAACGGGCAUCUGGGCUAUUGACAUGGGAGACGAAUACCCGGAAGCAGAGAUUCAAGGCAUUGACCUGAGUCCAAUCCAGCCGCAAUGGGUCCCGCCGAAUGUUUCUUUUAUGGUUGACGAUGCUGAGGCAGAGUGGUUGAUACCCCCAGAAUCUCUAGACUAUAUUCACAUUCGGCACAUGACCUCUUCAAUACGGGACUGGCCUACUUUAUUAUCGCGAGCAUAUCGAGCCUUGAAGCCAGGCGGCUGGAUCGAGCUACAAGAACUAAAGUUCCAGGUCAAGUGCGACGACGGAACGUUGCGCAAAGGCAACAUGAUUCAGAAUUUCUACGAAACAAUGGAGAGCGCACUCGUCCAUUUCAACGUCGAUCUGCUAGCUAUGCAACACAACAAGAAGAACGUCACCGAGGCGGGUUUUGUCGACGUCACCGAGAUACCCUUCAAGAUCCCGAUUGGCACGUGGCCGAAAGACCCACGGUUAAAGAUGGUCGGGCUCUACAACAGGAGCAUGAUUCAUGAUGCGCUGUAUGGAGUUGCCGUGAGACCAUUUACGCGGGGGCUCAAGUGGACACUGGAGGAGCUGGAAGUCUAUCUAGUGGAUGUCCGCAAGGAACUAACGGACGGCAGUCAGCAUGGCUACAUGCCAUUUAAUAUUGUUAUAGGGCAGAAACCACGUUGA